CGAUGGAGGAUGAGGAAGCCAUGUUGUUGUCGCGUUGACGGUGAAAAGAAAAGCUCAACCCGGAAAAACUGCUCGUAGAACCCGCUGUAGCCGACAUCCCGGACUGGAGGUCCACCCUGCGCCCCGUACGGACCCCCGACCCCGCAGCGGACACCAUGAGUGGCGGGACCCCGUACCUGGGCAGCAAGAUCAGCCUGAUCUCCAAAGCCGAGAUCCGCUAUGAAGGAAUCCUGUACACCAUCGACACGGAGAACUCCACCGUGGCGCUGGCGAAAGUGCGCUCCUUCGGCACCGAGGACCGGCCCACCGACCGGCCCAUUCCCCCCCGAGACGACACCUUCGAGUACAUCAUCUUCAGAGGCAGCGACAUCAAGGACCUGACGGUGUGCGAGCCCCCCAAGCCGCCCUGCUCGCACCCCCAGGACCCGGCCAUCGUGCAGUCCUCCAUGAGCUCCAGCUCCUCGUCCUCAGCCGCCCCCCCCACACCCUUCCAGUCCGCCGGCUCCUACGGACUCUUCAACCGGGCUCCGGUUCCGGCCUACAACCAGUUCAGCACCAGCCCCCUGGUGUCGCCUCAGUUUGGACCCGUUGGUGUUGGACGCAGCAGCCCCAGCCUGGACCCUCUAAGGAAGAGCCCCGCCCUGGAGCAGGUGGUCCAGACUGCCCCGAGCACCGCCCCCACUGCCCCGGCCCCCGGCCUGGGGCGCAGGAGCCCCGCCCACGGCCGCACGGCGCCCAUUGCCGGCGGUCAGAAGGUCCAGCACCAGGACGGCGUUGACACGAGGGGGGAGCCGGUCAGGGCGGGGCGCAGCAGCCACGCCUGGUCCGCCCCCCGGACCAUCUCGUCCUCGCACAUCACCGCAGACAGGACUCCCUCUGCAGGACUCGCCCACCCGGUCUUCAGCCACCCAGUGUCUGCCGGAGCUCCGGCUAACCGGCGCGGUCGGGGGGGCGGUCACCGCGGCCGAGGACGCUUCAACGUCCGCCGAGACGGACCCAUGAAGUUUGAGAAGGACUUUGACUUUGAGAGCGCCAAUGCCCAGUUCAACAAGGAGGACAUCGACCGGGAGUUCCAGAGCAAGCUGAAGCUGAAAGAUGAGAAGACGCUGAACGGAGAGGAGCCGGCCGAGUCCGGACCGGACCCCCCGGCCAGCGAGGGCCCGGCACCGGAGGAGGCCGACGGGCCGAGCCCCACGGUGUACUACGACAAGUCCAAGUCCUUCUUCGACAACAUCUCCUGUGACGACACAAGGAAAGCUAAUGAGAAGUCUGGAGUCUCCGGGUUCCCCAGGGAGCGGAGGCAGACCUGGGCGGAGGAGAGGAGGAUGAACGCCGAGACGUUCGGCCUCCCUCUCCGGCGAGGUCGAGGAGGUUACCGCGGGCGAGGAGGCGCGGGCUUCAGAGGUCGCGGCCGCUCGGCGAGCCGAGGCUCCUUCGGGCCGCCGCAGGGAGGCGGCUUCAGAGGAGGUUACCGGGGCAACCAGGCCGGCCGCGAGUUCGCUGACCUAUCGGCAUACAGGAAGGACAACAAGGUGUCGGCGUAGUCUGGACCAGAGGACGCGGUCCAGAGGGUCUUCUGGACCCGGUCUCCUUGUAUAUUCGUCACCAGCACUGAGGCGACGCCCCCUGGUGGAAGGAAACCACGGCGCAGUUCUAAAGUCCACUUGUCUCAAUAAUGUAUAAAUGUCAUAUUCUUUAUUUCUGACUCGUCUGCUGAUCCUGGAUCUGAUUUACGUCCCUCUGCCGGCUCCAGUUGGCUCUGUUCACCUUCACCUCGCUGCUCCUCUUCAUCAGCUUCCUCCUCAUGUUUAUUCACCAGGGCCUGCUUCUUAAAGGGCCAGUAGCGAUGUUCUCGUCAGAAUACAUUUCCUCCUCUUCACCAAGCGGUAGUCUUCAACACACCAGACUCCACGAAGCAGCGCUACUGUCUCUUUAAGGCCUCCGGACUGCACACAGGUGGACUCUGGUCUUGUGGUGGUCUGACUCCCAGUCCAGCUCGAGGAGGGUCGGUAGCGGUCUGUAGUUUCCUCUCGUGGGUCCCAGGUGCUUCACGGUUCUCCAGUGACUGAUCUGAAGUAUGGCAGGUGAAACACGCCUCAAGUCAAACAGACCAUUGUAUUUCUUUCCUUGUUUGCAUCAACUGUCAAAGGGCAAUUAUUAAACAUGUUCUCUUUAA